AAAUUCAUCUGUAAGCAAGACAGUCUGUGAAGAACUAUUUAUAAGUUAGGAUGGCUCGUUCCAAUGUCGUUUUUAUGCUGUGCCUCGUUCUGGCGCUCGCCGUUGUCCAGGCACGUCGCUCCAAGCCCUGCGGCAACAGUUCCUUCAAGUCGUGUGUGGCGCGAUUUAGGUGCAAUACCGGGGAGGUCCAUAAGGCUUCUGGUAAUUUGAAGGGAGUGUUUAGAAUGAGUAAUAGUACAUUAGAGUGCUCCAGCACUCAAAUUUGUUGCCCCAAUGAUAAAAUUACGAAUGAAACUAAGAAGACUGUGGCAGUACCCACUAAAUGCGGACAACGAAACCCUCAUGGUCUGACAUUCUACACCGAAUCCGAAACCUUCGCCCAGGAGGGCGAGUUUCCAUGGGUCGUCGCUCUGAUGAGUUUAAUGAACACUUACAAAGGCGCCGGAUCCUUGAUCGCCGACAACAUGGUGCUCACGGGCGCCUACAAAGUGAGCGGAGAAAACCAGAACUCGCUGAAGGUACGUGCUGGCGAAUGGGAUAUGAAGACCAAUAGCGAGCAGUAUGCAAAUGUGGACGCUCGCAUUCGACGUAUCGUUAGCCAUCCGAAUUUCGAACCUGAGAAUGGAAAUCCAGAAUACAAUAUUGCUAUACUUCUCCUCGAUCGUCCAUUUUCGCUAACGCCUCAUGUUUAUCCCAUUUGCCUGCCGUCGCCGGAACGGAGCUUUGACUUAGCCCGCUGCAUUACUAACGGCUGGGGUCAGGAAAAGUUUGAGGUCGGAAUUAACGCACAUGUAAUGAAGAAGGUCGAAGUUCCGAUGGUUCCUGGCAGAAUCUGUGAGCAAAAGAUAAGUAGGGCUAUUGGGUCGCCGUUUAGCUUGCACGAGAGCCUGCUCUGCGCCGGCGGAGAGAAGGGAAAGGACUCUUGCUUGGGAGACGGCGGCGGACCCCUUGCCUGCCCACUGCUCGAUGAUCCUUCCCGGUUCGAGCUAGCCGGUAUCGUAAACUGGGGCGUGGAUUGCGGUCUCGAGAACAUGCCGGCCGUGUACACCAAUGUCGCCAACAUGCGCCCCUGGAUCGACGAGAUUAUGGACGACCUUGCAACAAAAAAACCUCCUACUCCUCGUCCCCCUCGUAAACGUCCAAUCCCUAUUGAGACAACCACCAACAAAAUAAUUUUUGUAGCACCGCCUACACCGCCACCACCAGAGAACCCAACGACUGAACCAACCGAUGAAAAAGAUAAUGGAAAUGGUAGUAGUGAGGAGGAUGACAUCGUAUUCGAUAAUUCAUAACUGCUAUUUACUAAAGUAAUUAACAUAAAUGCGAAACAAAAUAUUAACAAAAAAAAAAUUUUUAAAUGGAAACAACAGAGAAUUAUUAAUGCAAUUUUCACUUUAUAAAAAAAAAGAUUUCUAAAAUUGUAAAAUACUUAAUUAUUUGUUUGUUUGUACUAAAUAAAUUAUACCAAUUCCAAUAUUUAUUCAAAA